GAAAACACUUGCUUAGACUGGGCUUACCUGGAAGACUGGUGCCGCCGGCUGACAGGUAACUUCGCAGAUGUUUACAUCUUCACAGUACCUUUAUACUUGCCGAAGCUCGAUGGCGAUGGCAAGUGGCGAGUGGUGGGUUAGGCAAUCAAUUUUCUGUCUUUCAACGACAUUUGUGACUUUUUGUUGUUAGCACUACGAAGUCAUCGGACAGCCUCCAAGUAUUGGAGUCCCGACGCAUUUCGCGAAGGUUGUAUUGACCUCCCGUCCAUCCUCGCCUUCCAUGCCACAUAUUCCUGAGAUCUCGACUGGCGCAUUCGUGCUUCCGAAUGCCGAGAUUCCGGACCAGGCAUCAUUAGAGAACUUCAUUGUUCCCAUCGAAGCCGUUGAGAGGGCGGCGGGCCUAACAUUCUUCUCGGAAGAGAUCAAAGCCAGGUCAAAACACAUCUGUAAGACGACCAAGUGUGAGGUCAUCGUCCGCAGGUUCGAUGAUGCCCAGAAAAAUGCUCGCAAGGCGAUCGCUGCGCCUAAGUAGUCGUCUGCGCCCGCCGUUAGCAGCAUCUAGACCACUUGCUUACCGCCAGAUUGAUGUACAUGCACCCAGAGUACAGGUACUGACCUACGUGCUACGGCAUCUUGCAGCUACCGGCCCGGGACGGAGGUGGAAAUAGAGAAGAUUCGGAACCGCAGAGACUAUGAUGAACUGUUCCUACGCACAUCCGCGUGCAAAUAUAAUACGCAAUGCAUAGGCCUUCAGCCCAGAUGUGGUUGUAACCACGUAUACUACUGUCUACUACUUGAUACUUGGAGAUGUUGAUGAGUUGGCCUUGAGCCUGCAACAAUGAACACUACUGAAUGCGGGAUGGCGGAUAUGUUGAACAGCGGAUAUAAAACAUUGUGGGUGAGAGUGUGAGAUAUGAGACGGCACGGGAAGGUUGCAAUAAGGGUAACCUGCGAAGAGACUCAGGCCAAGAGUAAGAGGAAAACAUACGAGUCAGUAGUAUAUAACACGUCCACGGUUCAAUCAAUACACGUGAACCAAAGGGAGAUAGAAUCGAAAAGAUACACGGUGGCGGUGUGUGAUUAUCGCUUACCGCCCCGCCGGUUGGGCAGCUUCUUUAUCUGGCGGCCAACAACGCCGCCACCAGGGGCAGGCGGUGGUAUAGCACCCAUUGUGAAUACCGCUCCGGUAGCCGGUAGCGCAGCCGGUGGAGCAAAUGGUGAGGGCGUCGACGCAGGGACAGUGCCAGCACCAAAGUUGAAGCCAGUAGUGCCGUUUUGCCCAGGAAGUCCGGCAGGCGUGGUAGCUGGAGACGCCGGCUGGCUACCGAACGCGAAUGGCUUGGAUGGGGCCGUGGCGCUAGUCGGCGUGGGCGCAUUGAAGUUGAAGCCACCGCCAUUUGGUUGGGCUGGUUGGCUGAAGGGAUUCGGGCUGGGCGUUGUACUCGUGGCGGAUGCGGUCUGUCCGAACGACGUGCUUGGUGCGAUCUGGGGAGCACCAAAAAAUGAGGGCGUAGAUAUCGUGGGCGUGGUAGGGGUGCCGAAGGCGAAACCGUUCGUAGGCGGCGCCGCGUUGGUCUCUAUUGGCUUCUGCCCAAAGGCGAACCCAGCCGGUGCCGCAGCUUCAGUAGGCUUAACGAAGGGAAACCCUCCCGUCGCUGUAGGCAUCGAGCCAUUAUCAGCUGCCUUCUGGCCGAAAAAGCCAGUCGAGGUCGAGGUCGAAGUCGAAGUCGAACGCUGACCGAACAAAAAGCCAGCCGCGGGCUUGCUCUCCGCAGAUUUUGCCGCAUCGGUCUUCGCAGCAAAUGGGUUUGCCGCUCCUGCACCGGAGCCAAAUGCGAAUUGCGAUGAGCUCGUCUGAGCAGGUUGACCGAAGGGUGAUGAUAUCGAAGCAGGUGUCAGAUUGAAUCCGGAGCCGUUGAGAGCCAUCGACUCUGUUUUGUUACCGUUAAGAUCCAUGCCACCGCCUCUGACAGGGCUCUCGUCCAUCAUACUAGAGUCACCCUCCUCCUUCCUGGGAGGUGUCUUCGGAGCAGCACUACCAUUCGGCGCUGGCGUACCAAAAAGCGUCGAGCCAGCAGGCGCAGGCGUGCCGGUAGAGGAAGACCCACCGAAAACGAACGGCUGCUUCUCUGCGGCCGGGGUGGAUGGCGCAGGCGUACCAAACGCGAAGGACGACUUGGCAGGCUCUGGCACUGAGGUCGCAGACGGCUGGCCAAAUGUGAAGCCAGAAGCACCGCCAAACAAGGGCUUUGUCGCCUGGGCAGCUGGCGCAGGGGCUGAAGGAGUAGCAGCGGAUGCGGAUGGCUGGGCAGCAGACCCACCGAAGAUGAAGGGCGACUUCAAAGGCUCGGCGCUUGGACUUGGUGUGCCAAAUGGCGAUGGCUGUGCAGCACCCGUAGAAGGUGCGCCAAACGUGAAGCCAGGCUUAGAAGCUGCAUCGUUGGGAGGAGACUUGCUCCCCGCUGCGGUUGUUUCAGCCGACUUAGUUGUUUGUGCACCGAACGCGAACGACAAUGGCGAUGGGGUAGUCGCGGGACCUUCGACGGGUUUGGGAGCACCGAAUGUAAACCCAGAGAGCGUCGAUUUAUCCGUUUUCUCGGUUGGCUUCGGAAAGGUGAAUGCGGAUGUGGGCGUUGGGGCCGUAAUAAGAGGGGUAUCUUUGGCGGGUUCCGCCACGGCGUCCGGACGUUUCACAGGCGCAGUCUCAGGAGUUCUCGUGAAGACCGACGUCGGGUUGGUACUGAAGCCAGAGAACAGUGGCUGCUGGGGCACCUUACUUGCUUCGACCGGAUGCUUGUUAUCACUCGCACGGGUGUUGACAUGAGGCUUGGGGCCACUGCCCUCCUCCUCGCCAGACAUGCCAAACAGAGAAGGUUGUUUAGUCGCAUUCGUUGUAGGAACGGCAGACGAGCUUGACGGAGGAGCGCCAAAGGAGAAGUUCGAAGGCAAGGAAACCUGGGCACUAGGCUUGGUCAACGCCGCGGAAGAAGUGAAGAAAUUAGGUACAGCUGAAGAACCCUUGCCAGUAACGCUUGCACCCAGCUGUUCUGCGGCAGGCUGGUUCGGAGCGCUAGCGAGCACGGCAGAUCCGGGUGUUGGCGGGAUGAGCGCUAUUUGCGGCACCGCAGAAAGAAGCGGAGUGAGUGGGGCAGGCGCAAAUACCGCUUGGGACUCGGCCGCGACGGUGAUGGGCGGAGACGGGUGGGGAACAUCGCUGUCCUUGGAGAAGCCCUUGGGGAGCGCGAUAGUGGCGGGCUUAUCCGAAUUUUUGUUCGCGUCGCUGAACCUGACGGGUGGCGUCGGAGAUAGUGAGAAUGGCAAGGAUGGGAGUGGUGCCUCCUUCGCGCCGGUAGUAUCAAACAUCAAGGGCGUGGUAUCUCUUGCGAAGCUGAAGCCAAGAGGCGGGGUCCAGGCAGGGGCUUUCUUGGGCGACUGCUGCUUGAUACCGUCAUCCAUGAAGUCCUCCUCCUCCUCAUCGUAAAAUGCCGAGAACCGACCGCCGCCCCUACCCCUAGCUUUAGGCCUAUCGAUUGUCUUACGAGCGCUCUUUGUGCGACCGACUCGCAGUGAAGACUGCGGUCGACCCGCAACAGAAGGUCUCUCAGGCUCAGGCUCUGGUUCGAGAGGCGUGUCGAGAUCCUUCAGCAGCUUUUCGUCCAGCUCCUUUGCCUUCUGACUUGUCCUCAAGGCUUCCUCCUCAUCGGUUUCAAAAAUCGCCGCUCGUUCUUUCUCUUUCUCUUUCUCUUCCUCCUGUCGCCGCCUUGCCAGCAACUUUUUCAUCCCGCCCCUGCCCGCAUAUGGCUUAGAUCCCUGAGCAUCAUCGACAUCCUCUGACUUCUCGCCUGCGCCCAGUCGAAUCCUGCUAUCUCUGUCGUGCAUGAGCUGGAAUCCGUGGCCUUUCUUGUGUUUGAACAUAUCAGGGAGGCCGUUAGCAUCCCGAAGGCGCAUCGGUACUAAGGGCGUCUUGUACACGUCGAGUUCGCGAAGGAUCCUUUCGGUUGUGUUGAUUGGCCUUGCAGGUUCAGGAGCAGGGACAGCAGCUACAUCUUGCAUCGACGAGUCCGAGCCGAUAUUGAGCGAGCUAUGAGAGCGCUGAGCACCCUUAUCUGUUCGUUGCGUCCUUGCCAAAGCUCCAAGAGUAGUCGGUGCUGUAGACGUGGAAGCUUUGGUCUGCGGAGCCUCAGACGGAGCCUUGACGAACAUCGGCUUGUCAAUGAGCUGUGCCAACGGGGGCGGUUCCGAGCCGUCGCGCUCGCGGCGGGCGGGCUCAGGUCCGAAAGCGUUGCCCGAUGGCUGCGGCGUGAGGGAAGUGCGCAUGCGGAAACGUCGUGAAGGAGAUGCAGACAUGCUUUUCUCGGACCAGCCAUCUUCCAUAGACACAUCGCGUGAGAGCGGUUUCGGAGUAGUACCGUAACUCGAGCGAUAUCGAUUGGGCGGAUCCGUUGACAUGGUACGGCCGCGGGUGCUGGCAGAGGUCCCUGUGCUGAGUUCGCGCGUGCUGCCGCUCGCUUGCGGAGGCCUGGCCGAUGGCACGAGCGAUGUAGCGCAAGCAUGGUUUCCCUGUCGUGACGUAGCUGCAGUGUUGACGGACCCGAAAAACUUGUCUGGGGGCUCUAGGUAGCCAAAGGCGGAUCUUGGUGGUGGCACAAGCUGUUGCUGCUGCCGCUGAAGCACCUGCGACUGAGUGAUCUCCCCCACGGACGAGCCGCCUACUCUCUGCCUCUUGCUGCUCCGCUGCCCCUCCUCAGCCUCGUGAGACUCGUCAACACCUUUACGCUUUCCGGGUGUGUCGGGCGAUUCCCCAUUCCAGCUAAAAAACUUUGAGGGUAGGAUGCUCUUGAUGGUGCCCAAGAGCGAGCCAGAUCGCGAGACAGUACGAGUAGUGUGAGAUUCGUUCUUGGCGAGCAUGGUGAGAGCAGUGAUGAGUUGAGGGCGGCAAGAGGCGAGGGAGACCGGCGGCAAGGGGAGAAACUCUGAGUGGGAUGGAGGUUAGGAUCAAGCCUGGUGCAGCGAGGAAAGGCCAGGAGUGAGGCAGAUCUACACACACAACCCAGGCCACCUGUAAACUGAUGUCAAACGUGACAAGAAUGUGACAAAAUGUGAUAGGCUGUUACACCCGCGUAUUACACGCGUCACGCCCACCUCCGUCCUUGACAAUCGGCCUCUCGAUCUCCUGCCUUUUUAUCUAUCUUGUCCCCCGGCUCGCCUUGUCUCAUUAACGAUGCCGCGUGAAAUUGUGACAGUGCAGCUGGGGCAAUGCGGCAACCAAAUGGGUUCAGUUUACUGGCAGCGGCUGUGUGCUGAACACGGCAUCAACAAGGAAGGCAUACUCGAAGACUGGGCGACAGAGGGAGGCGACCGCAAGGACGUCUUCUUCUACCAGGCAGAUGAUGAGCACUAUAUUCCACGCGCCAUCCUUGUCGACCUCGAGCCGCGAGUUAUCAACAGUAUUCUCACGUCACCAUAUGCCAACUUGUACAACCCAGAAAAUAUUUUUGUCUCACAGGAUGGCGGCGGAGCGGGAAACAACUGGGCACAGGGGUACGCAGCGGGCGAGCGGCUUUACGAAGAGGUCAUGGAGAUGGUCGAUCGUGAAGCAGAAGGAAGUGAUUCAUUGGAGGGCUUCAUGCUCAUGCAUUCAAUAGCCGGCGGGACUGGCUCCGGAUUUGGCUCAUUUAUGCUGGAGCGAUUAAACGACAAGUUCCCAAAGAAGCUCAUUCAGACGUACUCGGUUUUUCCCAAUGCGCAAGAAGCAGAUGUCGUCGUGCAGCCAUAUAACGCCAUGCUCACGCUUAAACGGUUGACAAACCAUGCAGACUCCGUUGUAGUGCUCGAUAAUGGUGCGCUUGCGCGCAUCUCUGCGGACAGGCUGCAUGUCCAGACACCUACGUUCGACCAAACGAACCAGCUAGUCUCCACUGUGAUAGCGGCAUCGACUCAGACACUACGAUAUCCAGGAUACAUGAAUAACGACCUUGUGGGCAUAAUUGCUUCUCUCAUUCCCACCCCGCGGUGUCAUUUCCUAAUGACAUCGUACACACCAUUUACGAGUGAUCAAAUAGACCAGGCGAAGACAAUCCGGAGAACAACUGUUCUUGAUGUUAUGCGGCGGUUGCUGCAGCCCAAGAAUCGAAUGGUCUCAACAGUGCCAAGCAAGUCUGCUUGCUACAUCUCCAUAUUGAACAUCAUCCAAGGAGACGUUGAUCCCACCGACGUCCACCAGUCUCUGCUCCGCAUACGAGAGCGGCAGCUCGCCAACUUUAUUCCGUGGGGUCCUGCCUCUAUCCAGGUUGCGCUAACUCGGAAGUCGCCAUACGUGCCAACAAACCACCGUGUCAGCGGCUUGAUGCUCGCGAACCACACAAGCAUUGCUUCGCUCUUCAAGCGUAUGAUUGACCAGUUCGAUCGUCUGCGGAAGCGCAAUGCCUUUAUGGAACAGUACAAGAAAGAGAAAAUGUUUGAGAACGGGCUGGAGGAAUUCGACGACGCUAGGGCAACGGCAGAAGAGCUCCUCAAGGAGUACAAGGCCUGCGAGAGCGCAGAUUAUAUUACAUAUGGUGCCAACGACGCUGAGCAGGGGCCGUAGAGCGCCGACUCCCACUUUCACGCUGUGUUUAGCUUGCUUUCUUGUAGCAUCUUUUUAUUUGUAUUCGCGUAUCUGCAUCUAUGACAGUCUAGCUGAAUGUCACACACGACCAGUAGUUACAAUGGGGGAUUGCAAUGCAAACAGAUAGUGGGUGAAUACGAUGCAAAAGUCUAAUGACACAUGAUGGCACAACAUUAAGAGCUGGAAGACAGCGCAGUUCGAAGCUAACAUUGUCCGUCGUCGUAGAUCGGCUCAUCACAGGGGGUCAACCUACGACUUCUUUGGCCCCCCGAGCUUCUCUCCAAUGUUCGCUCCUAUUGAUCAGCUGAUCAGCAUCUAUCUCCCGUCGAAGUGAACGAAAAUGCGUACCACGCAGCUUGACACCGAGUGUGCGCUCGAGUUUGCUCAGGACCUGGGGAUUCGGGAUAGCCCGACCAGACUCGUAGUCCUGGAUGACAGAAGGCUUCUCGUUCACCUUCUGGGCGAGAUCCUUCUGCGACAGCUCUUUCUCCUGACGUGCGGUCUGGAUCGCCUUCCCGACGGAGGGCGCAACCUUCGGUGGCGGUGCCACCUCGUUUUCACGAUCAAGCUUCGCUAUCCUUUGGUGGUCGGUUCCUACAGAGAGAUGGUGCAUUAAGGGCUUGCUGAGAUGAGAGAAGGGGAUCAGCCGUACGUACCGACGUGGGCCUUGUUGGUCCCUCCCGUGACCUUCUUAUCAGUCGCGACGACUGCUCCCACUCGACGGGCCUAAGAUGUCGCUGUGAGUACAAAUAUGGCCAGAAAGCCAGAGAAGAGAACACAUACAGCUAGAAUAAGGGUCAGCAACUGAG